GCGGUCCCCGUUCUUUACUGUCCGGGUGGAACAAGCACGCGAUACAACCAACCGUUCCCCGCUAUAAUGCUGUAAUAGCUGCCUGUGGUUCAGCUCUGUACUCCGGGAGCAUCGUGUUCCGGUAUGGCGGUCCCCGCCGCACUGUGUGGGCCCCCAGGCACUUCCGGGACAUGGGGGACACUUUACAAUGCUACACCACCCUGUUCCGCGGGCGAAGGUAAAUCUAUCAGCGGAUCCCUAUGCGCCGAUUCGUCUCCACGCGGCGGGCGGGAAACGUAGCGAAUUUGCGGGGCGGAAGGAGGAGCUGAGGCUGCCGGUUCUCCCACGUGUUGAGAGGCGCUGGGCGCAGAGCGGGUGGCUGAUUGCAGACCAAUAGAAUAUGGCUGGGCAAAUAUCAGAAUCUGAUCAGAUCAAACAGUUCAAGGAGUUUCUUGGGACAUACAAUAAACUUACAGAAACCUGUUUCCUGGAUUGUGUGAAAGAUUUCACUAGCAGGGAGGUUAAAUCAGAAGAGAUGACGUGCUCAGAACACUGCCUACAGAAAUAUUUAAAAAUGACGCAGAGGAUAUCCAUGAGAUUUCAGGAGUAUCAUAUUCAGCAGAAUGAAGCUCUAGCUGCCAAAGCAGGACUUCUUGGGCAACCUCGUUAAACAAAAGAUAAUUCUAUUCCAACCUUGCUUUAAUGCAGUGCCAACAUUUGCUGGAUUACAAAUGGAGGUUGUGGGUGUGUCCACCAGCUCACAACAGAGUUUCAGAGACCGUUUGGCACGUGGAAACCAUUGGGGAAACAAUUAUGGGCUCUACCAAGAGUUGGUAAUGGCCAGCUGGCGAACAGAGUCUAUUUCUGAGGUCCUUUUUUACUGUGCAAUGGAAUAAUGUUGAUACAACCAUUU